AUGGCUACUGAGACUGCACCAUCACACCAAACUCCUACUUCUGAUCAUGAGUCAAUUGAGAAGAAGGUGACAGAAGAACUGAAGCCUGUAGAACCUGAAACUAUUUCCCUUGCCAAGAAAACUGAAGAAGAAGAAGACCUCAAACCUAAUGAAGUAGCAACUCAAUCAACUGCUAAAUCAGAAGAAGUGGAAGAUAAGGAGGCAGAACCUCCAGCAGUUGAGGUUAAGAAGAUUGAUGAUGUUCCAGUUGAUGAUAAAAAAGAGUUGGAAAAAGAUUCCAUUUCUGACUCACACACACCCAGCAUUCCCAAUCCAGUGGCUGAUGUUGUUAAUGGCAAACCAGUUGCUCCAGCUAUAGACUCCGUCCCAAAAGAAGCAGAGGAGCAAGAAUUAUUGACAUCUAUGGAGGAAAUGCAACGGGAACAACCCAAGAUGGUGGAUGUUCCAGUAUCAUCAGAUGAAGCCAUUGAGAAACCACAGGAGCAAUCAGAAGUUCUUCCUAUCAAAGAAUCAGAACCAACUGAGGCAAAAGACACUGAAGAUUCAGCAGUGUCCAAAGAAGUCGACAAACCAGAAUCAGUAAUUCCUGAAGCUGAGGGGAAACCAAAGGAGCAAUCUGAAGUUGGUAAACAAGUUGAAGAGCCAAAAACAGAAGAAGCAGUCGAGAAAUCAGAGGAGCUUUUGGAAGUUCAUCCUAUCAAAUCAGAACCAGUUGUGGUAAAAGAUACUGAAGAUUCAGAAUCAGUGUCCAAAGGAGAUGGUAAACCAGAAUCAAAAUCAAUAGUUCCCGAAGUGGAGGUGAAAACAGAGGAACAAUCCAAAGUCAUUAAAGAAGUUGAACCAGGAGAGAAAUCAGUUGAAGUAAUUGCCGAAACACAGGAGCCAGUGGAAGUGCUUCCUAGCAAAGAAUCAGCAGCAUUUCAAGUAAAAGAUGUUAAUGGCUCACAAGAAUUGUCUAAAGGAGCUGAUAAAGUAGAAGCAGUAGUUCCUGAACCCAGGGAAGUGAAACUGGAGUCUGAAGUCACCGAUGUAGAGAAAACCAAGGAAAAAUUUGUUGAAGCAACUGAGAAAACACAGGAUUCAUCGGAAGUUCAUCUUAUCAAAGAAUCAGAAGCAGUUGUGGUGCAAGAUAUUGAUGUUCCAGUAGCAGUUCCCGAAGUUGAUAAACCAGAAUCAGUAGUUCCUGAAGUUGAGGUGAAACAAGAGGAACAAUCGGAAGUCACUGAACAAGUAGGAAAACCAGAAUCAGUUGUUCCUGAAGUCGAGAUGAAACUUGAGGAACAACCUGAUGUCACUAAACAAGCUGAGAAACUGGACGAACUUGAAGUCAAGGUGAAACCUGAGGGACAAUCUGAAGUCGGUGAACAAGUUGAGAUUAAGCCUACUGAUGAAAAGCCAGGACAAGUUGCUGCAAUCACUCAGGAGGCUCAAGCUGAGAUUCUAGAAGACGGAGGAAAAUCUUCUUCUCCUGAAAUUGUAGAAAAGGCUGGUCCAGAGGAUGAAAAGAAAGAGGCUCAAGGGACUGAUUUGGUUGAAGUGUCAUCAAAAGAGGUGGUAGAAGUGGAAAAGGGUGGAGAGGAGAAAGAAGCAGAGACAGCCAAAGCUGAGGGAGAGAAAAUGGCAAGUGAUACACUAAAAGAGGAACCAGCUCAGCUCAUCAAAGUGGAAAAUGUCAGCAAUGCUGUUUCAAAUGCCGAAGUCACUGAAAAAUCAUUUGAGGGAGAGAAAGCAUUUAAAAGUGCUGAACCAGCUGUAGAAAACAAGAAAGAGGAGAUACCAGCCAUAGAUGAAACCAAAAAAGAUGGGAACAAAGAAGGAAAACUGAAUGAAGCCACUGCAAUUAUCAGUGAACCAGUUACAGAAUCCCAAGAUUCUGUGUUCGAAGCAAAAGAAGAAGAAGAAACUCCAAAAAACAACGAAGAAAAUUCCGAGCAGGAAAAGGUUGACGAGAUAGCCAAAUCUGAUGCUCAGAAUUUAGAGUCUUUCGCCAAGGAUUCUGAAGACACAAAAGUAUCACAGGAUCGGCCAAGAGAAGUUCCAGCCAAGCCUACUCAUAAGCAAUCAAACAACAUUUUAACAAAGGUAAAGCACUCACUUGUGAAGGCAAAGAAAGCUAUUAUCGGGAAAUCGCCAGCUCCAAAAACUGUUUCCUCCGAUACAAAGGGUGAUGUUAAAGUCAAUAAUUAA